GUGAGGCCGAGAGUCACCGAAAAAAAAAAAAAAAACCAAACAGGAGUGUUAGAGAGAGUUUCAGAUCAGAUCAGAUUUCUGUGUUGGUUUCUUGCUUUGUGUCUUUAAAAAAAAUCCCCGUUCUGUAAUUUGUCCCCUACUUCUCUGAGUCCCGUUCUGUUUAAUCAUCUGUGUUUUCUCAAAAAGAUUAAUGGUUUCUUGGGUUUGUUGUUUUCUUCAAGCUUAGAACAUAUUGAUUUCUUCGGAAAAUUCUCAGGUGUUCUUCGGAAUCGAGAUCCAGCUUUUGUAUUUAUUUUUGUUUUUGUUUUUCAUUAAUCUAUUUCGAGGGUUGUUUAUGAUCCCUCUGGAGCAUCAAGAGGUUGAUUAUUUGAAAUCUCUUUCGAGCUCCUAACCCUUUUUUUUAGUGACCUGUUGUUUCUUUAAUUUUAUCGAAGAACCAGGUUCGAUUUUUAUUUUUAAUUUUUUUAACAAAUUUUUAUUGUUGGUAUCAUUUGAGAAUUUGAUUCGGAAGGAAUGGCAGCUAUGGAUAUCUACAGUAGCAGACCUCUUCAGUCAGAUCCUUUUACCGGUGAGCUCAUGGAAGCACUUGAACCUUUUAUGAAGAGUGCAUCUCCUCCGCCACCUUUAUCUUCUUCUUCUUCUUCAUAUGAUCUCAUCAACCCUUCUAUCCCAACCCCUUCUUCUUCUUCUUCUUAUUCUUUUUCUUCUUCUUCUUGUUCUCCUACCCCUCUUAUUCCUUCGACUUCUUCUCCUUCCUACAACUACCUUUCGUUCUCUCCUUCCAUCCCUACUCCUCAGCCCGGUUUGUUCCAAGACGGUAGUUCAACCUUUAACAUGGGUUUUGAGAACCAAGGUUCGAUCGGGCUGAACCAUCUUACCUCUACUCAGAUUCACCAGAUCCAGGCCCAGUUCCAGCUCCAGAAUCAACCCCAAAUGCCGUGGCAGCCACCGUCUCAUACUCUAAGCUUUCUCUGUCCCAAACCUGUUCCCAUGAAGCUGUCCGGCUCGCCGCCCAAGCCCACCAAGCUUUACAGGGGAGUGAGGCAGAGGCACUGGGGGAAAUGGGUCGCCGAGAUCAGGCUACCCAAGAACCGCACCCGCCUCUGGCUCGGCACUUUCGACACGGCUGAAGAAGCAGCCUUGGCUUAUGACAAAGCAGCUUACAAGCUCCGUGGUGACUUUGCCCGUCUCAAUUUCCCUCAUUUGAAGCAUACUGGCUCCGUCGUUGGUGGUGAGUUCGGCGAGUACAAGCCUCUGCAUUCCUCUGUUGACGCGAAGCUUCAGGCCAUUUGCGAAGGCUUGGCUGAGUCGCAGAAACAGGGCAAGGCAGGGAAGCAGGCGGGUGGUGGUGCCAAGAAAUCUUCCGCCGCCCGCUCGCAGCCGAAAUCAGCACCAGUGCCGGAACCAGAACCGGAGGCUGUGACAGUGAAGGUGGAGAGUUCCUCCUUGUCGCCGGUGAUGACAGAUAGUGAUGGGUCUGCAGGGUCAUCUCCUCUAUCGGAUCUGACCUUUGCCGACUACACAGAAUCCUCAUCGCCUUGGGAGAACAACGGACCGGAGAGUUACAUGUUGGAGAAGUAUCCAUCCGAGAUUGAUUGGGCUUCGAUUCUCAAUCAAAACUCGAAUUAAGUCAGUUUCGGUCAUGUGUAAUUGUAAUUGGGUAUGCUUUUAGUUUGUUCAAAGAAAGAGUCAAAGAGUCUUAAGGUCAGUAAGUACUUAGAUGGCUACUGCAAGCAAGUUUUUGGCGGUUGCAGGGCCUAAUUGUAGUAUUGGAAAAUUAGGGUUUAGUGAAUCGUUUCAGCUAGUAGUUGGUUUAUGUUAAUGUUAUGAAUGUAAUCCUCUUCAUCAUGGUCAGCUGGUUUUUUUCUUGCUAGACCAUGAGUGAUUGAACUUUUAUGUAAUAAUAUUCCUCUAUUCUAGUA